CUUCACUUCUGCUUUAAUAUGGCUUUUUACCAACUGCAUUUCGACCACGUAAGGAUUUUGGCCUUUUAUUGCCAAACAAAUAGGGGUGCCAACGCCCUCCACGUUAGAUAGACGACAAAACAGAUUGGGGAACGGACAGAUCAACCAAGGGUCGCAAAUACACCGAGGCAAUGAGUUUAAAUGCAAAGGAGCCGCCAAAAGUGGCGAUCACAAGGAGGUCCAGGGUUCACGGCGUUAUGAUUACUCAGGUGGUCCAGCAAGUUCCAGCAGGAAAAUCCACACCUGACUUUACCCGAAAGCCCAUGGCCAUGACUGUCAAUGAAGGGAGAAGAGCUUUUUUCAAAGCAAUCGUGAGUGGUGAGCCGACACCGAGCGUCACGUGGGGACGAAACAAGGGGGAUGUCAAUGACGCAGACAAGUACAAGGUUAAAUAUGAAGAAAGAUCCAAAGAACACAUCCUUGAGAUACCACAAGCAAAACCAGAACUUGCCGAUACAUACAAAUGCUUUGCCACCAAUGAAUAUGGAACAGCUGUUUGCUCCGCCACCCUUAUUAUCAUUAAAGCAAAGGACGAUGCACCACAGGAUUUCAGAAAGAUUCUCAAGAAAACCGUGGUCGUCACCAAGAAAAAACAACUGCCUCCAAAAGAGGGAGAACUGGACCCCAAACUCAUGGAAGUGCUCCUCACGGCACCAAAGAAAGACUAUCAAAGAAUAUGCUUGGACUUUGGAGUUACAGAUUUCCGCUGGUUGCUGAAACGACUGAAUCAGUUGAAAAAGGAAAGGGCAGAUGAACAGGCCAAGGUUGUCGAAAAUCUCGGCAAUGUGAGACAAAUUGAAGUGAAGCCUAGCGGAAAGGCAGAAUUCAGCCUUGACAUGACUUUACUGGAUCCUAACAGCAAGAUUUAUCUGUACAAGGAUGGGAACAGGGUCCCAUAUGGGAACGAUGGAAACUCCAAGCAUAGCCUGCAGAAACGUGGAAACAAAUAUUGUUUCACCAUCAAAGACCCCCAACCGGAAGACGCUGGCUUGUACCAGGUUGAUGUUGGAGAAACAACCGUUCUAACUACUGACUUCCAAAUGCCUGCAGUGAGCUUUGCAGACAAGAUUAAUGAUACGAAGGCCUUGGAAAACAAAGAUGCCUCUUUUCAAUGCGUCUUGUCAACACCGCUCAACAGAAUAACAUGGUCAACGUCAGAUUCAUCACUUGAACACGGCGACAAAUAUGAGAUAAACGUCUCGGAAGACAAACUGAUUCAUACGCUCACCAUUAAAAACUGUCAAAAGGCUGACAACGGAACAUAUUAUGCUAUUGCUGGCACCGCGUCAUGCAAAGCAUCUCUCGUGGUGGAAGCCGAUCCAAAUGCCCAUAAAGGUCUAGAGAAAUCGAAAGAUCAGCAUGACCUGGCUAAAUUGCAGAUAGAGGACACAGGGGAAAAGGAUAGACGAAAUGAGAAGAUCGGCGCUGGAGUAGGCGACGAUUCUAGUGGAAAGAGUGAUAUAACCGAGAACGAUAAGUCCAAUCACGGCCAUGGCUGGAAAACUGAUGGUGAAGGGAAAAGUGAGAACAAUAACAACCUCCUGGGAGGCAGAGAUGAAAGCCAGAAGGUUGAUGCAGGCAAGGAGCGAGUACAAGCAGGCCUAACAGUGUCUGAUGCGGCACAAGAUCAAGGUGUUCAGUUUGUCAGCGGCCUGUCAGAUACUACAGCUGUGACAGGCGGACGGGCAGAGUUAUUUUGUAAAUUAAGCACUGAGAACGCUAAGGGAAGAUGGUACAAAAAUGGGAAACUGCUCACCGAUGAUGAUGGGGUCGAAAUGAUUCAAGAUGGAGCUCAUCACAAAUUGAUAAUUGACUGCUGUAACAAAGAGGAUGGAGCUGUGUAUCGGUUUGAGUCAGAUGGACGUAAAUCCGAAGCUACGUUGAAUAUUCAAGAUCCACCAAAGGUCGAUGCUAGUGCUCUUGUAAAAUUUGCAAAGCCAGUGGUGGUCAAAGCGGGCGAGACCGCUGAAUGGAAGCUUCAAUUCUCGGGUGGAGAGCCGAUGAAGAUUCAGUGGAGCAAGGACGAUGAUGAGCUUUUGCCUGCCCUUAAUAUGAGGAUUGAAAAAUCCGCCACAUCCAGCAAACUACGCCUUGCAAAAUGUCAAAGGAAAGACAGUGGCGAGAUCAAAAUUAAAAUAAAGAAUGAAUUUGGUACCACGGAAGCAAUUUCCAAACUUAUAGUACUGGACAAACCUACACCACCGCAAGGACCCGUGGAAAUUCUGGAGAGUGCUGUGACAUCAGUUGAAUUCAAAUGGAAACCGCCAAAGGAUGACGGCGGAUGUCCAGUCACAAACUACAUCAUAGAACGGCAGCAGGUUGGACGUAAUAAAUGGUCCAGUCUGGGACAGAUCAGUGGCAACAGUACAGUUUACAGAGACUCGGAUGUCGAACCCGGAAAGAGAUACUGCUAUCGGAUCAGAGCCAAAAACUCAGAGGGUGUUAGUGACUGCCUGCAGACAGAAGCCAUAGCUGCCGGAGUAUUACGUUAUCCGGGUGCUCCUUCGGCACCCAAAGCGGUCCGUGUCUGUAAGGACUGCAUUAGUUUGGCUUGGAGUGCCCCAUGCAACACCGGAGGAACCAAAAUAGUGGGCUUUCUUUUGGAAAAAAGGAAGAAAGGCACUAACAACUGGAGCCUUGUAAACCAAGAAGGACCAAUAAAGGACUCCAAGUACGAGGUUAAAGACGUCUGUGAGGGAGUGGCGUAUGAAUUCAGGGUGUCGGCAAUCAACCUAUCGGGUCCCGGGGAUCCGAGCAAUCCAUCCGACACCGUAAUUGCAAGAGAUCCCAUGAAACCCCCAGGCAAAGUCACGGAUCUCAGAGUAACAUCCAGUGACUACGUAACCUUGUCGCUGGCUUGGACCAAGCCCAAAGAAGUGAAUGGGUCGCAGGAUGAAGCCCAAGGGUAUUAUGUGGAAAUAAGACCCGGAGCAAGCUCAGAUUGGACCCGCUGCAACGCCGUCCCAAUUACGACCACCACCUACACUGUACGUGGCUUAAAGGCCAUGGCUGCCUACUGGGUGAGAGUAGUCGCUACCAAUUACGGAGGUGAUGGAGAACCUCGAGGCUUUGACAAUCACAUCAUUGCCAUGCCCCCUCCUGUAUGGCCAAAGUUCAAAGAUCGCAAUUUGAAAGACUUUGUGGUCGUGAGAGCAGGAAACACCGUUCGCCUCAACAUCCCAUUUGAGGCGUCCCCCUUUCCAGAGGUCUCCUGGUUGAAAGAUGGUGCUUUAGUCCCCAAGCAUGUAACCGUCACCAACUCUGAUAAAGCUUCUCAAAUGUUGAUCCCGACAUCCGAGCGCUCCGAUUCUGGAGUCUACACCGUUAUCGUCAAGAAUCUCGUCGGUCAAGAGAGCUUCAACGUGGAAAUUAGGGUAACAGAUGAUCCCAAGCCUCCAGGUCCUGUGGAGCUGUAUCAGAACGUCCCAGGAACCGUCACUGUGUCCUGGGCGCCCUCUCCAGACGAGACAAAAGACGACAGGCUGCACUAUGUCAUCACCAAGCGGGACUCCUUCAAGCCCACUUGGAGGACAGUGGCAGAAAACCUCUUCAACAACAAGUUUACUGUUGUGGAUAUUGUGCCUGGACGCCAGUAUCACUUCAGGGUGUAUGCAAAAAAUGACAUGGGCCUAUCAGCACCAUCUGUUUCACCUGCCUUUGAAAUUAAGAAGGAAAGAGAGAGGUUCAAGGUGAAUGUUCCACCGAGGAAAUCUGUGGACCUAUCGUCAGCCCCGUCAUUCAUCACCCCGCUGAGGCGCCAUAUUCCUCCAGAAGGCUACGAGUGUCACAUGAGCUGUGCAGUCAAGGGUAACCCGGCCCCCCGUGUGGCAUGGUACCAUGACGGCGUGGACCUGAGCGUCAAUAGCAACUACUACAUCACCAACGUGUGCGGUGUCUGUUCCCUGCUUAUACUGAGGGUGGGUGCCAACGACGGCGGUGAAUACAAAGUCGUUGUUGAGAACCAUCUGGGGUCAGCAGAGUGCUCCAUGAUGCUGAAGGUCAGAGAGAGAAGGACAUGGACGAUGGAAGCUACAACAGAAUACCUGUAGCAAUGUUGUCGUCAUGUCUGCAUACGGAGCAAUGACCCACUAUUUUAUGGCUGUAAUAACUGAUUAAAGUGUUUGUUCAUCGGGCA